AUGGAGGAGCACACUUCAGCAGACCCUGAACUAGAAGUGGGACUGGAUGGGACAGGGAAAGCCGCCUUUGCGGGCCUUCCCGAAGGCAUGACUCAGCGACCAGAGUGGAGAGUGUCCUGCGAAGAACCGCGCAAGGGGCAGCAGUGUCUUGGGGAAUCCUCGUGUCCGGAGUUCUCGAGGGCGCUGGAUUCCCCUCAGAAGGGGUGGGAAAAUCCAUUUCUGAUGGAGAGCCCACCACGCAACAACGUCAGGGCUUUCCUCUCCUCUUUCGAGCAAAUCGCAGAAGCCUGCCAGUGGCCGAGUGAGGAGUGGGUGGGCCGACUCCUGCCGGCACUUAGCGGGGAUGUCGAACAGGCCUUGAGCAGGCUGGAAGCUGCCGACCGGGAGGAUUAUGCGAAGGUGAAGGCGGCCAUCUUGCGGGAGGAAGCCCUGAGAAUGGAGACGCUGCGGCAGCACUUCAGGCAGUUCCGCUACCAGGAUGUCGAAGACCCGCAGAGGGUUUGCAGCCGACUGCGGGAGCUUUGCCGUCGGUGGCUGAGGCCGGAGAGGCACACGAAGGAGCAGAUUCUGGAGCUGCUGAUCCUGGAGCAGUUCCUGGCUAUCCUGCCUCACGACCUGCAGACCUGGGCCAGGGAAGGGGCCCCAGAGGAUUGUACCCAAGCCGUGGCCCUGGUGGAGAAUUUCCUGAUCAGCCGGCGGAAGGCUGAGGCAUGGAAAUGGCAGGCGCCGUUGCCGCAGGCGGUCAGGAGUUCCCUGGGGGCUGAGGGGGCGUCAUCGGACCCCCCUCAGAGACAUGUCUACAUGGAUGUGACACAGAAAAGUGAUGGAGACAUGCAUUUCCUGGCCAACGGAGCGGCGCUCCCAAGUCACUCCAGUUUGUCGCUUCCUCCCGAGAGACGGGAAACAGCCGAAGCAGAUCCGACAGAGGGGCCGGCGAGCUUCAAGGAGAAGGCUUUCGGCAAGGAUGAUCAACCUCCGUUGUAUCCGGGCCAAAAGACUAUGUUCUGGCAAGUCAAAGAGGAGAAUUGUGGGAAUGUAGCUUCCUUGGAGGGGCUUCUGAUUCCCAAACUUGACCUUCCAUUCCACCCAGAAAAAGAGGAGAAGUUGUUCUUUCAGGACCCAGAUUCAGGUAGAGGAAGAGAGAUCAAGAUGGAGAAUUCUCAUCAAGUUGGGCCAGAGGAAAUGUCCCAAGGGAAUAUUUCUAUGCUGACUGAGAUCCCAGAGCAAAAGUCUGAGUCCAAAGGACACCAGGCAGAGAAUGAAUGCAACGACCCUUCAGAAGGUCUUCCAGCUCCCAUUCGUGAAAGCGCAAUGGAUGUUGGGACAGAGAAGCUCUUGCCCUUGAAUUAUGGGAGGAGUGACCAGUACAAUUUGGGACUUAAGAUGAAUGCCAAAGACAACCUUUAUGAAUGUCCUGUGUGUGGAGAAAGCUUCCAGCAAGAGUGUUACCUUGCUGAACAUCAGAGAAUCCACACGGGACAGGAUCCGUACGAAUGGUCAGAGAGUGGGAAACCCUUUCCUCAGAGGGAAAUCUGGGUUGGCCAUCCGACCAGUCCUAUGGAAGAGAAGCCUUAUCAAUGCCCCGAGUGUGGGAAAAGAUUCAGUUACAGAGCAACGUUGAUGAGACAUCGGAGAAUCCAUACUGAGGAGAAACCCCAUAAAUGUUCUCACUGUGGUAAAAGCUUCAAUCAGAGGACUAAUCUGAUGAGUCAUUUGAGAAUCCACACAGGAGAGAGACCAUAUCAAUGUUCUCAGUGUGGGAAAGGCUUCAGGUGGCAAUUGCAUUUGAAGAGACAUCAGAAAAUCCACACAGGAGAGAAACCGCACGAAUGCCCUGACUGUGGGAAAAGCUUCUCUCGGAGAGAUACGUUGAUCAAUCAUCAGAGAACCCACACAGGAGAGAAGCCGUAUGAAUGCCCCGAUUGUGGCAGAAACUUCAAUCAUCCGUGUAACUUGAUUGAGCAUCAGAAAACUCACACAGGAGAGAAACCGCACGAAUGCCCCGACUGUGGGAAAAACUUUUCUCGGCGAGAUACAUUGAUCAAACAUCAGAGAACCCAUACUGGGGAGAAGCCAUAUGAAUGUCCAGAGUGCGGGAAAAGCUUCAAUCAUCCAUGUAGGUUGAUUGACCAUCAGAAAAUCCAUACUGGAGAGAAACCACAUGAAUGCCCCGAAUGUGGGAAAAACUUUUCUCGGCGAGAUACACUGAUCAAACAUCAAAGAACCCAUGCCGAGGAGAAACCUUAUGAAUGCCCUGAAUGUGGGAAAAGCUUCCUUCAAAAAAAGGCAUUCAUUAGACAUCAAAUAAUUCAUUUAGGGCAGAAAUCCAAUUAAUGUUCUUGAAAGUGCCACAUUCUAUAGAAAGGUGGGGGAAGUGUUGGUAACAGAUUUCAUCUUUGCCACAUGGUGGAGAAUUCACACCUCAUCAGUCUCACAUGAGUAAAACAAGAAUUUGUAAAGAGGGUUGAAGAAGCAG